UUAAAGAAGAAAAGAUCAGUUGGCCACGCCUGAACCAGUCUAUUGACUCUGAAAGAGCAGCCAUGGUUCUGGAGGAGAACGACUCUGACUCUGUCUUUGAGCCCCACAUCACUGAAGAACAUGUGGAGACACAGUAUGGGGACGUCCACUGUGUCUUGACGGGGACUCUGAGGGCAAAUCGCCCCUCCAUCCUGACCUUUCAUGAUGUCGGACUGAACCAUAAGACCUGUUUUGAGACCCUCUUCAACCAUGAAGACAUGCAGGAAAUUGUCAGAUCCUUACCUGUUUGUCAUGUUGAAGCACCGGGACAACAUGAGGGAGCCAAAACUCUGCCUGCUGCGUAUACCUACCCGUCCAUGGACCAGCUCUCUGAAGCCUUGCCUGCUGUCCUCAAACACUUUGGGAUGCGUAGUGUGAUUGGCCUGGGAGUUGGGGCAGGAGCCUACAUCCUGGCUAAAUUUGCUCUGAAUCACCCUGAUUUGGUGGAUGGACUGGUUCUGAUCAAUAUUAACCCCAAUGCUGAAGGCAUAAUGGAUUCUGUUGCAAACAAGAUUACUGAAUGGACCCACACUCUCCCAGACAAAGUAAUCACACACUUGUUUGGAAGGGAUGAGAUCCAGACAAAUCACGACCUUGUGGCUACAUAUCGCCACUACAUCACAACAACCAUGAACCAGUCCAACGUGAGUCAGUUCUACCGCUCCUACAACAGCCGUGGUGCUUUGGAGGUGGAGAGGCCUGUUCCUGGAGGGAACAUCAAUGCCAGGACUCUGAAAUGUGCCUCUCUGCUGGUUGUGGGAGAUAACUCUCCAGUUGUAGAACCUGUGGUGGACUGCAACUCUAAACUCAACCCUACUAAGACCACAUUGCUCAAGAUGGCAGAUUGUGGAGGGCUUCCUCAGGUUGAUCAGCCAGCCAAUGUGAUUGAAGCCCUCAAAUAUUUCAUCCAGGGCAUUGGAUACUUGUCCAGUGCCAGUAUGACCCGACUUCGCUCACGGACAGCCUCCAGCUCCAGCGCUGCAUCUUGUGACGGCUCUAGAAGCCGCUCACACACCAACGAACUGCAGCGUGGCCGAACACACUCACAAAACACUGAGGAGAAGCGCGGGCGCUCACACACUGAUGUGUCCAUGGAGAGUGUGCCCAAUAUUAACCAGAACAUCCCAAAGGCUGAAGUGGCAUGCUAGAGUGCACACUGCUCUUAGUCUAAUGCACUUACCUCAUUAUAUAUAUAUCUGCUCAUUCAUUCUUUUCCUUCUGUGUUCAUCUUCCAAUAAUUCAGUGACUUGAUUCUCUUUCAUCUCCUCUGAAAACCCACAGGUCAUCUUAAAUGUGACUUUCCUCCAUCCCUCCCUUCUCCCUCUGAUUUCCUUUGUGUCUUUUCUCAUUUAUUGGUGUCUUUUGUCCUCUGUGUCUCUGAACUAUAUCAGAGAUUCAGCUGCAGUCUUCCUCAGUCUUUCAUAUUUAUCAUUUCAAAAAGUAGAGGAAGAAAUCAGAAAAGUGAUGAAGUCUUUCAAAGUGUUUAUGUAAAAUUCUUAUGUAUUUUUAUCUAAAGAGUUUAAAAUAAAUGUGCAAAAAUAUCAUAUUACAGAGUAAAAUAAAAAAUCUAUAUAUUCAUAACCAUAGGAAUGGGUAUGAUAUUAUGAUGCAACUAUAACAGCUGUGUAUUAUUAACUGCAGG